AUGGCCUCAAAACCCGAGAAGAGGGUAGCUUCAUCUGUCUUUAUCACCCUGGCACCCCCACGCCGCGAUGUAGCAGUGGCCAAGGAGGUGAGGCAGGCCGCCUGUGAGGCCCGGCAAGGCCGCCCCUGGGAGGCUCCUGCCCCUGUGAAGACACCCGGAGCUGGCUUGGCCAGGAGGCCCAGCCCCUGGACGCCCCCUGGCAGGGCUGCGGCCACAGUGCCAGCUGUCCUGCCCCAGCUCUCCAAUGGAGGAUGCUGUCUCCCGCCUCCUGUCCUGGAUGGUGAGGACUCCCUAGCCGACCUGGACCUCCCGCCUCCACCGCCCCCUCCGGCUUACCUGCCCUCUCCCGAGGAGGAGCCUUCUGCCCUGGUGGGGGCGUCACUCACUGUGGACCUAGAGCACCUGCCCCCGCCUCCACCCCCUACACAGGCCCCAGCAGACAGGCCUCCGGUCCAGCCUCAGCUCAGGCCCCUCAGGCCCUUGGAAGAGGAGCUGCCACCUCCCCCGGCAGAGCCUCUUGGCUUCCCUGAGAAGGAAGCAGUCACAGACAUCUGCGCCUUCUGCCAUAAGACAGUGUCCCCCCGAGAGCUGGCCGUGGAGGCCAUGAAGAGGCAGUACCACGCCCAGUGCUUCACUUGCCGUACCUGCCGCCGCCAGCUGGCUGGGCAGAGUUUCUACCAAAAGGAUGGGCAGCCCCUCUGCGAGCCUUGCUACCAGGAUACCCUGGAGAAGUGUGGCAAAUGUGGCGAGGUGGUCCGGGAGCACAUCAUCAGGGCCCUGGGCCGCGCCUUCCACCCCACCUGCUUCACGUGCGUGACCUGCGCCCGGUGCAUCGGAGAUGAGAGCUUUGCCCUGGACAGCCAGAAUGAGGUGUACUGCCUGGAUGACUUCUACAGGAAAUUCGCCCCUGUGUGCAGCAUCUGUGAGAAUCCCAUCAUUCCCCGGGAUGGGAAGGAUGCCUUCAAAAUCGAGUGCAUGGGAAGAAACUUUCAUGAAAAUUGCUACAGGUGUGAGGACUGCAGGGUCCUCCUGUCUGUGGAGCCCACGGAGCAAGGCUGCUACCCCCUGAACAACCGUCUCUUCUGCAAGCCGUGCCACGUGAAGCGGAGUGCCGCGGGAUGCUGCUGAGGGACCCCACCCGGCAUCGGGGCAGGGAACGGCCUGCUGGCCCCAGCCGGGGGCCCUUCCCUGACUUGGUUUCCCUUCCUGCGCUUGCACACUUUCCUUCUGAGCCUCUGUGGGGACCAGCUAGCAGCUCUGUGCAGCGUGUCCAAGACUCAGGGGCUGAGCCACCCAGGCCUCCCCCAGCUC